CUGCGCCGGCGGAGCGUCGCGUCGCGGCUCCAGCUCCGGUGAGAAGCGACGCGCAGCGGGAGGACGAGGGGGCGGAACCGGACCGGCGAGGGACAGUCGACAGAACCGAGCGGCCGCUCCGCGCACCUGCACGGCAACUUCACAACCGUCGACCCGCGGUCAUAUCCCCGCAGAGAGAGCGACCGUGCUCGCUGACAGAACGCGCGGCGGAGAGGAGGCAGGAGGCAGGAGGCAGGAGGGGACGCGCCCGGCCGAGGAGCAACGUCCACCGGCGGAGGAGCGACUCGGAGCCCCCCGGUGCCCGGUGGUUCGGACCGCCCCGGACUCAGCCACAGGUAGCUCCCCGGAAGAACCGCGGCGCCGACGGGUCAUGAGGAUUUGUCGGAGGCGCGUCGAGUCACAGCAGCAGUGAAGAAGAAGAAGAGAAGAAGAAGAAGAAGAAGAAGAGAAGAAGAAAACAGAGAGAACCGCGUCUCACCGCGUCGUCAGCCCGACAUUGGAGAGCGAGGUCCCGGGGGCCAGAGGGGAAGAGGAGCCGCCACCAUGUCCCGGAGGAAGCAGAGCAAGCCCCGGCAGAUAAAGCGCUCCCUCGGGGAUCUCGACGGCGCUGAGGACAACGCGCCGGACGACCACAGCCUAUCAGGAGAGGAGGGCGGAGUCUCGGACCCAGAGGAGUCGGUGGAGGGCGACAGCUGCAGCCCCCCGACGUACACACCCCUGUACAACGAAGAGCCCCGGACGCAGGACGAGCGAGGAGGAGGCGGAGCCAACAAUGGCGACAGGGACGAGCGAGGUCCGAUACACAGCGGCGGGGAGGAAGAGGACGGAGAGGAAGACGAGGAGGAGGCGUCACGGUGGAGGGGUCCAGGCGACCUGGAGCUACGUGGCGGCGGCGGCGGCCGGGUGGUGGCGAGCAGGGAGCUCCGCCCAGGCACGAGGUGGGGACCUUACCCGGGAAUCGUCCAAUCAGAGGGCGGCACAGCGGAGGACCAGGAGACAGAGAACUCCAAGUUGACUCUGGCGUGUGAAGAUCCAGACUGUUGGAUCAGUCGACUCCCGCUGACCUUUGACCCCUCGGCUGCCAACUGUACCGUCUACAGCCACGGCGAGGAGUUGUUCUGUAAGUUGACCCGGGAGCUGGCGGCCGGCGAGGGGCUCCUGGCGUCCCUGUCCCCCUCCUCAGGCGCCUCCCCCUCCUCCUCUUCGUCCUCCUCCUCCUCCUCCUCCCCCCGCCCGGCCCGGCUCUCUCCGCCGCUCAGCCUCGUGACCCAGAAACAACCCGUUGUGAAGGAGGAGCCGCUCUACCCGGCGGCGCUGCACUCGGAGAUCCAGCUCCUCCCGCAGCAGGCGGGCAUGGCCGCCAUCUUGGCUACCGCCGUCGUCAACAAGGACAUCUUCCCCUGUAAGGACUGUGGGAUCUGGUACCGCAGCGAGAGGAACCUGCAGGCGCACCUCAUGUAUUACUGCGCCAGCCGCCAGAAGCAGCCGGCCGCCGCCUCGUCGCCGCCGCCGGACAAGCCCAAGGACUCGUACCCCAACGAACGCAUCUGCCCCUUCCCACAGUGCAACAAGAGCUGCCCCAGCGCCAGCUCGCUGGAGAUCCACAUGCGCACGCACAGCGGUGAACGUCCGUUCGUCUGUCUCAUCUGCCUCUCGGCCUUCACCACCAAAGCGAACUGCGAGCGCCACCUGAAGGUGCACACGGACACGCUCAACGGCUUGUGUCACGGUUGCGGCUUCGUCUCCACCACCAGGGACAUCCUCUACAGCCACCUGGUCACCAGCCACAUGGUCUGUCAGCCCGGGUCCCGAAGCGAGGUCUACUCUCCGGGGCCGGGCCUCCCCAAGCUGCCGCUGUCCACCGGUCUCAGUCCCGGAGACUCGGGCGUGGUGUUGAAGUGUCAAGUGUGCGGCCACAACUCGGACUCCCCCGCCCAGCUGCAGCAGCACGUACGAACCCACCUGGAGGUCAGGGUCCCGGCCGAGAGGAGCCCCACCCCUCGCCAAAUCACCCCGUCGUCGGUCGACGCCCCCCAGCUCCAGCUGUCUCCACACGAGAGGGAGCCUCUCGCCUGCGUCCCCAAGCCAGACUCCUCCAGCCCGGGAGCUAACGGCAGCUCCGCCACACCGCGGGACUACAGUCCUCAGGACGUCCCGACCGCUGACCUCAAGAUCAAAGAGGAGCCUCACUCAGACUCGGAGAUACAAGAUCAGCGGAUGGAGAUGGAGGAGGAUGGAGAGGCGGAGGAGGAGGCUGGAGGGGAGGAGGAGGACCGAGAGGAAAGACGGAAAACCACCGAGGGGCAAACUGGCACCUCGUCCCGCCAGACGCCGGACUCUCCGGAGAGUCCCGCCACUACAACCGUGAAGGCGGAACCAACUAGUCCCACUCCAGGCUCCAGCCCGGCCCAUGUGGGAGGCCCAGAGUCGGUUCUACCAGCAGGAGCCAUGUUCUUGCCUCAGUACAUGUUUAACCCCGAGGCGGCCAUUUUGCCUCAGGCCUCGGAAAUACUGGCUAAAAUGUCCGAGAUGGUCCACAGCCGUCUGAAACAGGGCCAGGCGGUUCCCCCCAACAACCCGGCGGCGUUCUUCCCCGCCGGGCCGGCUGCUUCUACGGCCGCAGCCACUCCGCCUCACAAAGGAGCCACCUGCUUCGAGUGCGACAUCACCUUCAACAACAUCAACAACUUCUAUGCACACAAGAGGCUCUACUGCUCCAGUCGGCACCAGGCAGAAGGCGCGAGCUCAGCUGCGGGCGCUGGGUUGACGAGGGACGCCACCCCUGCCUCAGUGCCUUCCAGCGGGGCGCGGGGCUCGUCUGCGUCGCCGCAGGGCGGAGCAGCGAGCAGAGCCGCCUCGGCUUCUCCCGCCGACUCCGACUCACCUGCCGGGAUCGGAGCGACGGAAUCCAGGAGAGCGUCGGAGGUGAGGACAGAAACCCCCGUGGGCAAGGAGGGAGUGUCGUCCUCUUCUGAAGGGGAAGGCGGGGGCGCAAGUGUGGGCGGAGGAGGAGGCGGUGGAGGAGGAAGAGCAAGCGAAGGCAGCCAGAGUCCUGCUAGUGGUUCGGCCGAGGACCUGGAAGAAGAUCCCAACACAACCUUCUGCUUGGCCUGCAACAUCCGCUUCAGCCGUCACGAAAACUACACUGUUCACAAACGCUUCUACUGCGCGUCUCGCCACGACCCGUCCAACCACCGGUCCGUGCACAUGGCCAAGGCGAGCGCCGCGGCGCCCUUCCUGCCGCAGCCCAUCCGCACGCGCAAGCGGAAGAAGAUGUACGAGAUCCACAUGGCCAGAACCGAAGCCUUAGCCGCUGCCGCCGCCGCCGCAGCCGCCGCCUCAGCCGCCGCCUCUGCUCCGUCUCCCUCCGUUCUGGGCUUGGCGGUGAAGCGAGAGGUUUCCCCCGGCGCGGCAGGCGGCUCCAGCCCCGAGGGCGACGGACCGAUCGACCUGAGCAAGAGGCCUCGCCUGAUGGAUGUUCCGCGGCACGGCAGCAGCGGUGUUCUGCCCGCGCUGCCUCUCACAGACUAUCACAAGUGCACCGCCUGCAGCAUCAGCUUCAACAGCAUCGAGAACUACCUGGCCCACAAGACGUACUACUGCCCGGCCACCACACUCCAGCCUCACACCCUGGAGCAGCUUCACAGGCUGAAGAGGUCGGCCUCUACCUCUCCCAAGAGCCGGCCUCAGCACGAGCGUCCGGACCUCCUGCACCCCGUGGAGGCGAAAGCUCUCCCCGCUGAGUGGGUCGCCCAGGCUCAAGGCCCAUCGUCCGGUCCUCAUCCGUCUGCUCUACCUGCCUCUGACGCCACGUCUCCCGCCCACACCAACACCACACCGGCCACGCCCGGAGCCGGAGCCAAAGGCGCAGGUGCCGGGUCCCCUCAGGUGGUGUGCCCUUACUGCCCCAACAGGACCAUCACCUGUGACCUGAUGGAGCACUUCAAGACGACCCACAGCCUCGUUGUGGCCAUUCAGCCCCCCCACGAGGCCCCGUCCCAGCCCGGCAGCGCCGUCAGCCCCAGCCUUAGUCCCAGGGACGGAGCUUCCACAACCCCAAACAGCCAGCCCAGACCGGUGUCCCGAGUUCACAGAGACAGCGUCAACGGGCAGGCCAGGAGCGCGACCACCUCCCCCGUGUCCCCCCUGGUGAGCAGCACUCCGUCACCCGGGGCUGCUUCACCUUCAGCCGGCUCCCCUCUGCCCUCGCCCCCCCCGGCGGCUCCCGCUCUGACUUUGUCACCCGUGCCUGAGAUCCUAAGGGAGACGGUGGGGUCGUCCCACCUCGCAGACAGGGCCGUCGCGGCCUCCGGUCCCGUCCCCCUGCAUGCCCCCAAAACCACGGUGAUCUCGCCCGUCCAGAACGGUAACUCCCGCUUCUGUCGGCUGUGCAACAUCAAGUUCAGCAGCCUCUCCACGUUCAUAGCUCACAAGAAAUACUACUGCUCUUCCCACAGUGCCGAACACGUCAAGUGAGCCCAGAGACUCUCGUCCCCCUCUUCCUCGUCCCCCUUCCUCCUCCAUCUCUCUGAGCGGAGGCUUCCCAGUUCACUAAGUUCCGAGAAGCUUCGACCGACUCUUUGUGCCAGUCGUCCCACGCGGGGCGCUCUGCUGGCAGGACAAUGAAUGACAAUGAACGACUGUUACUCACCUGGCAGGGGCCGACGCCCGGCUGCUCCAGAGCGCCACCUGCAGGUGACGUUACGAACUCACCGUGACUGAUAUUUCCUCCUCGUAUGGGUCAAAGUUUGCAGGACACUGAGAGCUGAGACGGACGCCACCUGCCGACCGAGAUCUCUCUCUCGCCGACUCGACACCCGCCGCUGCCAGGCCUCAGAGUGUGUUGCAUUAUGGGACGUUAAAAAUGUGCUUGUUCAUGAUGGUAGUCAUUAGAAUCGGAGGCUGUUUUUCUCACUGAUGAUCAUAAAGUAACGAUGGUUUGAACGAAUCGGAGUCUUUUCCUGAGGCAAAGAAAAGGAAAAGACUUGAUCAUUGUUUAAUUUCUUUUGCUUUAUGAUCUUUGCAUAGUCUAUGAUGUCUGAAAAAAUAAUUAUUCUAUGAUGCUUUUGGUUUCAACACUGGCUCUUUCUUUUUUUGCUUACUUAUAGAAGCUAAAGUGUUUUUAGCAGACAAGCGGACGUGUGUUAUCACAAUGUUACUACGAACUGAAGGGUAAUAAUUCAAAACGGACACUUUUCUUUCAUACACACACAAAUGAUUAUUUUCUCUUUUUCAAAAAAUACAAGGGAGAAGAAAAAUGUGAACUAUUUAUCUUUUAGUCCUCACUGAUUUCAUGUCAACAGAAAACUACCUACCUAGUGUCUGAGAGUAUUUGUAUUUUUUAUUUGUAUAUUUUUCAUACUGUUGGAAGGAACACAUGUGUGGGUCAGUGUAUUUUCUAAGUGUAGAUAUGUAAUAUCUUCCUCACAGUAAUCACUCGGAUCCCACUGAACGUUCGUUAGCGUCUCGUGCUCCGCUCGCGUCGGCUUGUAAUCGACGGCGCGUUUUAUUUUCAUCAGGACGUCUAAAGAGAGAAGCGUUUCUGACACUGUUGCAUUCUGGGAGAAUGACGCAGCUCCCCCAGGACGUUAGGGUACAUACACGCAGACAUUUUCAAUCAAUCGUCGUCUAUCUUUUGUUUGCCAAACCUCCACAGACUGUCAUCUACAGACGUACAUAACUACAGAACACGUCAGCAUCGCAAAAGACGCAGUUUCUUUUCUUCUUUUUGAUGAUUGUAUUUCUGUCCGGUCAUGAAGGCAGAGCAGGGAAGAGUCACGCGUCAGAAAGCACAUAUGUUAAUAACCACUUCCUGUGGCCCGUGUGUGUGUGUGUGUGUGUGUGUGUGUGUGUGUGUGAUCUUCCUCUCACACAGUUUACGCCACAGUUGUUCCCAUUGCUGCUUUUGGAGUUGCAAUACAGUGUUAGCCAGAACUGUGAAAUUCUUUUUUCCCCUUUUUUUUUGUCCAAUAUGAAGUUUAAAAAAAUGAAAUUUGGUCUUUUGUUUUUUCCUCCCUCAAACUCUGAGGCAUGAACGUUUCCUUGCAGGAUUUAUCUCUGGUCGAUGUGCGAGAGCUGCUCGGACGCUCCGACCUUCACCAGACGAUCGAACUCACAACGUGAAACGCUCCUUCACCAAUUCCCUUUGUCAGGCCACAUUCACCAGAUCCGAAGCAAAUCUCACACACUCAUAGAUAUCAGCCCACUAAAUAUAAGAUUUAUUUUUCAUCAAGAUCCAUAAAUGAUUCCCUGGAAAAUCAGUGAAAAUACAACAACAACAACAACAACCGAUAUAUUCUCGUAUCCGCCCCUUCGUCUGGAUCCACAACAAAACGACAUAGGUUCUUUCUCGGUCCACGUUCCGUCCUUUCACCAAGUCGCGUUGGAAUCCGCUCUGUCGUUUUUUGCUUAAUCCUGCCGACAAACAAACAAACAAACAAACAAACAAGUGGUGAAAACGUAACCUCACCUGCGACAGAAGAAAUAAUAAAGAGCUAAAGUUUGCGAUGUUAAUAUCAGACGUGGGACCUUUAGUUCAUUCAGCAGCAUCACGUGUUGUCACCUGUUAAACCUUCAUCUGUGUAGUUUGUUUGGCCACUAGGGGGCAGCACGAGCUGCAGACACCGCACCUUUAAGGUCUGAUUUUCUUCCAGUUUUGUUUCUCGAUAAGACGUCAGAACGACCUUCGCCCUUUCGGCUCGUCUUCGUUCUUCACCAGCUUCUGGCUCUUUAGCAGCUAAAUGCUAAAUUCGGACGCGAAGCUCUUUUUCAUUUUUUCAUUUUUUUUUAUUCCCGCUGCUGCCGGAACGAGACACGAGAUCGAACCGGAACAAUAAAAAUUACAGGACAUGAAACCAAACAUAUUCAGAAAAGAUUUGGAAAAUGACGUCAAAGGUCGGAGGGAACCUGCUGCACACAGUUCUGACUCCAGCUCUUCAUCCAUAACGUCCCCAUCCGUCCGUCACGUUCUCUGCAAAGUAAAAGUUUAAGAAAAAUCCCUGUUGAUUUUCCCGCUCGGCGUCAGUUUGUACCAGACACAUUUUACUACGAAGUGUUUACAGUUGUGCUGGUUCAUGUGUCGGUUCGUGAAGAAGAAGAAGAUGAAGAUGAAGAAGGAUGAAGACGUGGAGUCACGUCGGCUCGUCACAGAUUUGAGGAACUGUUUGUUCUGGAAAAAGAAAAUCAGCCCCUUGUUAUUGCACUGUGUUGUAUGAAAUGUGCUGGAUGUUUUGUUCUUUUGUAAUAUAUUUAUGUUCAUGCAGCACUUUUUUCCCCCCAUUUGAAAACGCGUCACUGUUCCACCUUGAAGGACUUUAUUUUUUUGAACGUUUCGUUGAUGAUUAAUCUCAAACGUCCGCGAUGGAUAAAAUCACUGUUGAGUGUCAAAAGCCUUUUUCUGUUUUGUCUUUUUCUCCAUUUUUUCUUCAUUUCAGUUCAGUUCCACUACACUCUUGUCCAAACUAUGCAUGGGAAAUAAAAUAAAGUUCUGAGAGACACUGA